ACUCUACAAGCAACAUAUGGGAAGAGGAUCAUAAAAAUUCCGAUCAAUUAUAUAUUACAAAAAUUAAUGAAGUACUAGAUAAUAAAGAUGAUUUUGAAGAAAAUGUUUGGACGGAUGUACAAAUGGUUGCUGGAGAGCCCAAUAAUCAAUCAUUUUUUAGCGUGCCUUUUACGGUUCCCGAUUCGCCAAUUACUUUAAACCCGCAGGUAGAGAGUGACUUAACUACUUCAAAAGCUGUUGAAAUUUCUUAUAAUCAAAAAGAAGUAGAAAAUAAUCAUAAAGGCUCUAAUGAAGUAUCUAAUUCUGAAAACUCUGAUUAUGUUGUAGGAGAAGACAAUUUUCCUUCAAAAGAAUUAUCUAAUGAAUUUGGUAAAUUUACCAAUCCUGAUGUAAAGCUUGAUAAUGAAAUGAUUUUGGAUAAUCAAGAACUAAAUGAUUCAUUUAAUCAAUGUGAAAAUGUGAAAUCGGAGAAAUUGGUUGUAAAUGAGAAGGAAGAUGAUGAUUUUGGUGUUUUUGAAUGUAGUGAAGGAAGUAGUUUUGAUGAGUUUGGUGAAUUUAAGAGUGAAGACACAGAUGAUUUUUAUAAUUAUCAAAGAAACGAACAAUCUAUUUAUGAUGAUUUUGGUGAUGCUGAAAAUGGAGAAAAAAUUGAAAGUGUCAAUGUUAUUACUAAAGAAAAUCAUAAUUCGGAAAUCCAAAAUGAACCACCCUUAGAUUCCUUAGAUUUGGAUCAUAACAUAUCUAUAAAAAAUUCCGUUGCUGGAUGGAUUGCUGUCUUGGAUAAAAUUUAUAAUUUACGGGUAUUAGAUAGUCACAAUAACAAAGUAAAACCCGUAUCCAUAGAAGAUCUUGUAUAUAAUUCACAUGAAAUGAUGAAUGCUAACUUGAAUUGGAGUUCGUUUAUAGAACUUUGGAGUGAUCAAGGAGGGGUUAUUGGAUUUACAUGGUGUGGUUCGCAAAUUCAAAAAUCAUUUUUGGAAUCAAUUAAUUCUUUUUCUAUGAUCAAGACGGCGAAUCGACUUCCAGGCAGUGAUUUAUUUAAUGAUAAACUAACAUUAUCAUCAUCACUCAAUCAAAUUACUCACGAUGACGAUAUACCAACGUCAUUCUCAUCAGCUGAACAAUCUACUCAUGAUAACAAAAAAGAACAAGAGAAGAAUUCAACAGAAAUACCUAAUAAUAAUAACACUGAUAACACACAAGGACAAGAUGCUCCUAUAAAGUCGAAUAAUAUUGAUCAAGGUGUAGAUUUGAAUCGAGAUUCUUGGAUAACUAUUUUUAUAACACAAAUUAAUCGUGAUUCAACUGAUUUAAUCGCAAAUCUUGAAACUUUGAAAUCAAAUCCAAUUAAAGAAAAUCCUUCGACAAGUAUCGCUGUAAACUUACUAGAUGAUUCAGUAAAUGACUUGAAAAAAGUUGACGAUAAAUUAUUGAAUCCAUUUAAUUCCCAUAAUACUUACCCCCCUGCAAUGAAGAAAAAUACUUCGUCGAUCUCUUCAGAUUUUGGAGAUAUGGUUUCUGCUAUUCCCUCGGGUAAUUUGAAUCAGGAGAACUUCUUGAACUUCGAUGAUCAAGUGUUACCGAAAUCAUCGUCUUCUAAUAAUGAUACGGCAUCAUCAAGUACAAAAUUAUGUGAUCAUCCUGAAAAGGUGUUAUACGACACAAAGAAAAAUUCGAGUUCUAAAUCGUCGUCUUCAGUAUUUGGUGAAAAGAUUUCAGCUGAUGAUGCUGAUUUAUUUGGUUCAAGCAAACCCAAUGAACAAAAACAACAAGAUAAUGAUAAUUGGAUUUCGUCUACUGACCUUUCAUUUUUAGAAUCCUUUACCAAUUCCAAGCCUUCAAAUUCACGCAAAUAUCAGCAAGAUACAUUUUUUGAUUUUUCAGAAUUUACUAGUGAUCCAAAGUUGCCUUCAAAAGUGCAACCACAGAACGGUUCAGAUGCAUUUUUACGAUUGAUGUCACAACAAGUUGAUAAGGGAAAUACAUUUUCAAUAAUUAAUAAAAUUUCUAAAGUGAAACAGGAACAAGCACCACAAAAUAUAUUCGAUUCAAAUCCUAAACAAUUGUAUACGCCUUCAAUGAAUGUUGGUUCUACAACGGAUUCUUCGGAAUUUGGUGACAUGGUAUCAGCAUAUGAUCAUCGAACUUUGCAAGAUGAUUGGAUGUCAAGUACAUCAUCAAUAAAUCAAGAUAAUUGGAUGUCAAAUUCUGGACUUUCAUUUUUAGAGACUUUAAAAACUUCUUCUUCCUCCAAUAAUAAUCAUCUUAAAUCCAAACAAAUUUUUGGAGAUUUAGAUGAAUUUAUAUUACCUUUAAGUAAUAAUAGUAAUAAUGUUAAUAUCAUUGAGAAAAAAUAUAAUCGAAUUCAUAAUGAACUUUUGUAA